GAUGUUUUAACUAAGUUUAUUAUUAAAUCAACAAUAAAACUAAAAGAAGGAUAAUCUUGUGAGAAUCUUGUGUCAGAUGGACGGCUUCGUGUAAUGAUUUUUCCUACCAGAGUCUUCAUUGGAUCUGCCCAUCGUGUUGUGAGAACUUCCUCUCGAUUUUCGAGCUUCUAUAUUUCCUUCUACUACUAUAAAGUCCUUAGAAGAGCUUUAGCUGAUCUUAAAGUUAAGGUGCCCCGUUUUCUCUGACACAGUUUAGUAUGUUACAAAGUAUUAACAUGUUUUUUACAUUCUCUAGAAGAAUGACUAGCAUACAUGCAGGAAAUAUUCAGGAAAUUUACGAAAUGCCUCUUUCUGCAAUUAUAAGACCGAUCCCACCUGAGUUAGACAACAAGAAAGUAAGGUCUUUAAUGGAUGCCCUCUCAGAUCCAGAGCAAGUUCACAAGGUGCCUCCUAUUGAUGUUUUGUGGAUUACUGGACGUGAAGGGGGUAAUUACUAUUAUAGUUUUGGGGGUUGUCAUAGAUAUGCAGCACAUAAACGACUUAAUAUGGAUAUGAUACGAGUUAAACUUAUAAAAUCUAAUAUUGAAAAUUUAAGGUAUUAUUUAGGGUCUAGUACACCUGAUCUAAAGUGAAAUCUAUUGUGAUAUUUAUUAAUUUAUUGUGAGAGCACUUACUAUUCUUUGUACAUAUUGUUAUUAUCUAUAUUUUUAAACUAAUAAAUGUUAAACUAAUUGUC